AUGGCCACCACCAAUGACAAAGCCGGUUCAAUCCCGCCCACAAACGAAGUCCUCACGCCGACCGUCUCUGCACAAAAUCGAUCUGGCUCCAUCAGCGGCGGUUUGCGACGCGUUUCGCUGAGUUUCGAACAAUCUCAGCUUCCUGGCGGCUUUUUUGCAGCUACUGGGGGCAUCGCCUCGUCCGUCUUGUCUGGCCGCGCGGUCAGCCACACCAACGUGUCACCUAUUGAGGCCCCAGCAGAGGGCGGCGUAGUCAACAAAGAAGCUAUCCCUUCUGUUGCUGAGGAAGGAUCUGUGGUUGCGCGAACCAUUACACCAGAGAUGAAGAUUGCUGAACCACAGGCUGCGGCUGCUUUCCCCAAUGGAUACCACUUUCCACCUAAGCAUUCGUUUGCGCAAAACUUCAAGUCUGGCUCUAUUGCAUUCUGGCACUAUUUCCUGACCCCCGUCGGCUUUUUCGUCACAAUUUACGGCCUCAAUGUUGUCGCUUGGGGUGGUAUGCUCUUCCUACUUCUUUGCAAUGCCUCCCCUGCCAUGUGCUAUCCUACAUGCGACGAUAUCGAUUCUCCUCGAAGAAAGUGGGUUGAGUGGGACUCUCAGAUUCUCAACGCCCUCUUCUGCGUCACAGGCUUUGGAUUGGCCCCCUGGCGAUUCCGUGACCUUUACUUCCUGCUCCAGUACCGUAUUGGUCGCAACACCAUUGGCCUACGCAAACUAGCAGCCAUUCACCGAGACUGGUUCAGACUCCCUGGGUCAUCUAAGAUCGAGGCCGAUAUUGGCCCUCGAAACAUUGCCAACAGGGCAGCCGGCUGCGACAUCGAAGCGCUCCCCCAACCUAUUGAGAAGAUCCCCGAUGCUCCCCUCACGGCUGUUCGCGCCAACGACUCCAAGGUCUGGAAGCUAGACAUGGUUAUCUGGCUCAUGGUUGCCAAUACACUGCUACAGUGUGUUCUCUGCGGAUUCAUGUGGGGAAUGAACAGAUACGACAGACCCAGCUGGGCGACUGGCUUGUUUGUCGGCUUGGGCUGCGGAGUUGCUGGAAUUGGUGGCAUCAUGAUGUUUCUCGAGGGCAAGAAGGUCAAGUCUACCGAAGGUGUACCAAUCAGCAAGGAGGAUAUGGAACUCCUUGCCAGAGAUCGCGAGCGCGGUAUCUUCCACUACAAUAACAUUGGUGACAAGGCGCCUGAGGCUAAAAAGAACUAG